UUCAUUUGAUUUUUUUUUAAUAAUCACAUGAGAUUGAUUUUAAAAUGAAAUUUUCCAUUUGUUUUUUGUCAUUUUUGUUUUUAUUGUUGAUUUUUGGAACUGUUUCGGCACAGUCCCGUGAUCGAAACGAUAAACCUUAUCGUAUUGUUUGUUAUUGGGGUACAUGGGCAUUUUAUCGGCCAGCAUCGGGAAAAUUUCAGGCCGAAAAUGUCAAUCCAAAUCUUUGUACACACAUAAUGUAUGGUUUCGCUAAACUACAAAAUAACAAGAUUGCUUUGUAUGAUCCUGAUUUGGAUGAUGGUGAUGAAGAUUGGAAUUCUGGCCUACAAUGGGGUCAUGGAAUGAUAAGACGAAUGGUGAAUCUUCGUACAUAUAAUCCACAUCUAACCACUAUGAUAUCAUUGGGUGGUUGGAAUGAAGGUUCGGAUAAAUAUUCGAUUAUGGUCCGUGAUCCAGCCAGUCGAAAAAUUUUCAUUCAAUCUGUCCUACAUCUUUUGGCUGAAUUUGAUUUAGAUGGUUUAGAUUUUGAUUGGGAAUAUCCAGCAAUGCAAGCUUCUGGUGAUAGUGAUCGAAAACCGGGACGAGCAGAAGACAAGGAAGAUUUUGUAACUUUAUUACGUGAAUUACAUGAAGCAUUCCAGCCACAUGGCUAUGUAUUGUCUUCAGCCGUAUCUGCCGGUAAACCAACAAUUGAUCGUGCAUAUAAUAUUCCUGAAGUGAGCAAAUAUUUGGAUUUCAUCAAUUUGAUGUCAUAUGAUUAUCAUGGUGGAUGGGAAAGUCAUACCGGACAUAAUGCCCCAUUGAAUUCAUAUAAAAAUGCCAAUGAAUUAGAUAAAGAAUUUACUGUCACUUACUCAGUUGAAUAUUGGCUCAAUCAUGGUGUUGAUCCAAAGAAAUUGGUCUUGGGAAUUCCAUUGUAUGGUCGUACAUUUACAUUGGCCGGUUCCGAACAUGGAAUUGGUGCACCAACCAUCGGUAAAGGUGGUGAAUCCGGAACUAUCACACGUACGAUCGGUAUGUUAGGCUAUAAUGAAAUCUGUACAAUGAUCAAACAAGGAUGGCAAUUAUAUCGUGAUGAAAUUGAACGUAUUCCUUAUGCUGUACAUGCUAAUCAAUGGAUUGGUUAUGAUGAUCGAGAAAGUGUAAAUGAAAAAUUGAAUUUAUUGAUGGCAAAACAUCUUGGCGGAGCUAUGGUAUGGUCAAUCGAUACGGAUGAUUUUGUAGGCAAUUGUGUGGGUGUCAAAUAUCCUUUGUUACGAUCAAUAUCAAAAAAAUUAAAUAACGUUGAUGGUCCAGAUCCGGAUAUUAAACGAUAUCAUUAUCAUACAUCGACAGCUAAACCACAUACAGAUGGUACUACCUCAACUCAUCAUGAUCAUAAAACAACGACUACGAAACAUCAUAAAACUACCCAGCCACAUCAUAAGACUACCCAGCCGCAUCAUAAGACUACCCAGCCGCAUCAUACUCAAACAAUAACAACGACAACAGAAAGACCCCAUGGUAAAUUUCAAUGCCAUCAAGCUGGAUUUUUUGCCGAUCCCGAGAAUCCAAGAAAAUUUCAUCAAUGUGUAGAUUUUGGUGGCCAUCUUAAAGAUUAUGAAUUUAUGUGUGGUGAGGGAACACACUAUGAUGAAAAAUUACAUAUAUGCGUCCGUUGAUAAAUUUGAUCCUUUAUAUGUUUUGACACUUGAAUUAAUCAAUAAAUUUUAUUAUAAAUCAAA